AUUCUGUGUCCAUGAUCCAUCGUCAGCAAAUAAUGAUCUACCAAUAUCUCCUUGCACUUGAGACAAUACAUCAUUUAUCAUAAUUGUAAAGAGUAUUGGACCAAUGAUGCUGCCCUGAGGGGUACCAUUUUUCACCAUAUAUCUUCCAGGUCCACGUGCUCGUCUCCACUCAAACCUUUGCAGAGAAAUGAAACAGUGACUGCAUUUUUGAUCUACAGUCGCCACCUAGUGGUGAUAAAAAUGAAUAGCAUUAACAGAAAGUAUGACUUCAACAUGUUUUUGGUGGUAUGGUACAGUGCUUUAUAUAGAUUAAUGGUAUAUGGUACAGUCUUCUUUAGCUUAAAGGUAAAUAUAACAGUGAAUGAAGAUAAUUUUUAAACUGUGUUUAGAUGUAGUUCAAUAAAGUUCAGAGUAUCAGUGAAGCAAGUUUGAGAGAUUUCUACAUAAAAUCUAUAAUGUAAAAAAUAUUAUCUCGAUAUCUUUAAUAAUGUAAAUUUUUUAAAAUAAGGUAUUUUCUCUAUUUACAGUUGUUUUAUGCCACAUUUAACCUCCUAAGACCUGGAUGUCACAUAUGUGGACAUCAAUGUUUUUGUUGUUUGCAUCAUAAUACUUAAUUCUUUGUAACAGGAACCUGUUAUACACAAACAUGGACAAAUACACUGCUUCAUGUUCAAAGAAAAAUAUUUGGUUAUAUUUAGUGGUUCCCCAAAAUAGCUGGUAAAAAUCUGGAAAAAAGUCUAACCAAAGCUCGGGUUCAGGAGGUUAAUUUAGGCUUCAUGUUAUCUGACCAAUGAUAAGAGAUUGUUGCAUAAAGUUGGUUUGGGGCAGACAAAAUUUGUUUGGUAGUGGAAACAUUUUUAAGAUCUUUUCCUCUCAUCUCAUACAGUAUUUUGUCCACCACCAAGAAGACCCUUUAGUCUCUGUGGUGGUUCUUCAUCAGUCAACAUGUCAAAUGUUCUUUAAUGUGUUUGGGAAUUAAUAUUAAGUGUUUAGUGAAUUUAACCCUGCAGUAAACCCAGCAAUAUGUAACUCUGCUGAUGCUUCAACUGCUGUAAGGGAUGAGGGAUUAUUAGCUAACUUAAUGUCUGUUUUUGCCAGUGUUUAACUAUUUGAUACGUGUGAAGGAUUUUGAGCAAUGAAAAAAAUUUUGUAUGUAUCAUGCAUUAAAAUAUAUGACCUUUGAUGCUUUUUGAUGAUUUAAAUAAAAUCUCCAUACAAUCUGAGCAUGUCUGUGUUUUACUCUCGACUAAUACUCUUUUCUUUUAACAUUACUGGUAAUUAACAUAGCGCCAUCUAGUGGUUGUUAAUGAAUAACACAAUAGGUCUAAAUAUAUUAAUACAAAAUAGCAUCUAUACAUACUGUAAAAUACAUUUUAAAAAGUAGUAAUAAGCAUUAAGACAUAUUAAAGAGUUUUGAUAUAUAUAUAUCUACAAUAAAAAGUCCAAAUGUUGUAAAUAGUUUUAAUUAAACAACACAGGGGACAUAAAUAUAUAUAUAUAUAUAUAUAACUCAUCACAGUUGAACCGUAAACAGAACAAAGUCAUUAAACUCCAUGACAACCAUACUGUAGAACUUAUCGUUGUCAUAGAGACAUUAUGACAUCACAAUCGGUGCCUAUAAAACGCUCAGCCAGAUGAAACUGGUAUCAUUUGACUGAUCUGAACGCUUGCCUUUGGUUGACUCCGAACGCUACUGUACAGAUUAUCAAGUGAAUUUGCAGACUUUCCAAAAGUUCGCAACUUUAAACUGCUCGACGCACUGUGUACGGACAGACAGUUUACUUAGAUUUCAACCGUCUGUGAACCGAGUCUAAGCACAGUUAAGUCUGCAGUUAUCUUUUCACAUCAUGUUUCGUUCUGUAACACCAUUGUCCGACAAGGACAUGGAAGGAGCAGAUGUUGAAAAUAUGGAUCUGCCGAAUGCUGUGCCGAACUUUGACUAUGUCCCUGAUUUCGGACUUUCGUCACAAGUCGGGCGCGCUGCCGGUUUAAAUCCAUUUGAAGGAGGAGAGGAGGAUGUUUAUCCAACACAUGAGGCGAAACGCCAAAAAGGUAAGAUGCGAGUUAAAGCAAAAAGUCUGAAUUUCAUGCUGAUAAGUUUACAUAACGUUAUUGUGUUGUUAAUGCACGUGUACAUGUAGACACACCAGGUGGUGCUCGUGUACUUGAUAUUUUACCCGCCGUUUUUCUUGACCGGCAGAAUACGCAAACAAAUUUUAGCUCCAUUAAUUUAACAAAAAGCGACCAAAAUUAAUAAAAAAUCCUCACAAUUUAAGAUAAGAAUUACGCCGUAUGAGGUCUUGUUUUUUAAUAUCCCUCACGAUAAUUAACUAUGGUUUUUAUGUGGUAAAAGUGUAGUAACCAUGUUUAUUGGUGUAUUGAGUACUAUUAGCAAAACCAGGGUUAUUUUGUGGUAACAAUGGUUUUAAUAAAGUACCGUUAACCAUGUUUUGUUGGAUGUAAAUGUUUCACUUUCGUAAGGGAUGUAUAACAUAAUAAAUAGUUAGCAGUGCAUACUGUUGUUAUCCAGACUGUUUUGUUCAUUUACUGAAGCCAAUGUUGUGUGUUAUUUUUAUUUUUGCUUGCUUGUUUUCUCAUGAUCACAACUUAAUUUCUCGUUAUCUCAAGUUAACAAAAGUUGUAUUUUUUGUGAUGUGAUGAAAGCUCUUGGGUUCUUAAUAUGUAUGUACAUGAACGGGUUGUAUUGUUUGAAGACAGCAGAGGUAUAUUUUGGUAAAUUAGGGGAUGAACAAAUUAGGUUUUACUUAGAUCAGGGAUUCGUUUAAGAUGAAAUCGAUUCGUCAGUAUGUAGUUGACAAUUUGAUAGUGGUGAAUUUAGGGACCGUCUCUAAAGUUACUCUUUAAUAUACACGUUUCUACUUUAUACAGCAUUUAAAUGGAAUAACUUUUAGUCAACAAACAGUCACAAACCCAACUGUGUUCAUAUGGUUGUCGGCUAUUAUGUACACUUUUACUUAUAUAGUUAUUAAUAUAAUUGUUAAUUACUAUUAAAGAUAGAAUCGUGUACAUUAUUACUUUGAAGAUGGUCCCUAAAUUCACACACAUUAUGGGGUGGUUUCCCGGGAAGAGAUAUCUUAAACCAGGACUAGGUCUUAAUUUAUUUAGGAAAUAUAACUAGUUUUAACAAACAUGCGUUACUAAAAACAUUACUUGUGUGCAUUUUGAGGCAAAACAAAGGGCACUGAUGUAUUUUAAGAUAUGUCAGUGCAAGUUCCUUUCAGUUUGGACAGCUCUUAUUUAUAUAUCUUAUACGUUUUUAUGUAAUUAUUAGCUACACGUAUGCAUCAGCAGUUCACUUUAAAAUACACUAAAUAUUAUGGACAGGAAAUUACAUUAUGACAUUUGGAUUGUCAGGAUAACAACUUUUUGUUAUCUCGAGAUCCCCAGAAAAUAAAGUCAUGAUCACGAGAAAACAAGCAAGCAAAAAUAAUAUUAAUGCAUGUUCUCUGUCGGCUUCAAUACAAUUUAGACAAAAAGAAAAAUUAUAAUUUCAAAUGAAGGCAUUACUUUAUUGAAUUAUUUUGUACAGUUGAAUAAAUAAUAGAUUAAAAUAAGUGACAAGUUUUAGACACAUAUUGAUCACUUCAGUUAAAGCAUUCAUUUCAUAACAUUAUUUAUUGAAUUGCAGUGUUGGGAUGGAGAUGUGAUGAUGGUGGAAUGGAUUUUGUCCUACCAAGUGCGGUCCCUGACAUUGUCCCGAACAACGGACAUUUGUUAGACAGACGCGCCGGGAGUUCACAUCCACGAGGAGGAGUAAAGGAGUUUACUCCUGCAUUUGAGGAGGCGAACAGCCCCACAGAAAAAUGUGAGAAUAAAUUAUUGAAAUCAUUAAAGAAGGGAUGGAAUUAUGUAAGGCGCCCAUUCCUUCAUAAUGAUAAAGUGGAAACACUGAUUCCUUCGGAGCUUAAUGCAGAUUCAGCUUAUCCUAAUCUAAAUUAUGAUGCUGGUCUGGCGAGCUCUGAAUUAAACAAUAAGAUCAAACCGGAAAAACAACGAAUGGCAUUCUUUGACUGUCUCUGGAGGGGCAAGGUGGAGUCAGUGCCGACUCCCCUGCUUAAAGCGGAUCCAGCUAUCCCUGAUGUUAGGGAAGUUGUUGAUCUUGCAUCACAGUCAAAGACCUACGUUGGUCCGAAGAAGCAGAAAGAAAAGGCUUCAAAGAGCCGCAAAUCUAACCUCCAGGGAGAAAAAGUGACUGUUGUGCCAACUCAACAGCCCAAGGCUAUUUCAGAUAUUCCUGUUGGCAUGGAUGUUCCUGCUCUGGCCGGCCCCCAAUCAAAACCAAAGAUUCGUCCGGAUAAAUGCAUGACAUUGACGCAACGCUUCUUUGGAUGCUUCCGGAGGGGCAAAGUGGAGUCGAUGCCGACUUCACAGAUUGAGGUCGAUCCAGCUAUCCCUGAUGCCAGGGAAGUUGUUGAUCUGGCAGAUUCUCAAUCGAAGAGUGUUGGCUUAAAGAAACAAAAACAAAAGGCUUCAAAGAGCCGCUCAUUUCACAACCCUUGGAGUAAAAAAGGGAAGAGUAAAGUGAAAAAAGAUGCCGAUCCAGCUAUUCCUGAUGCCAUGGAUGGUGCGGAUCUGGCCAGUUUUGGUGGCAUCGCUGCAGCCAAUGCCAGGCUACAGACGUUAGGUGCCAUUCCAGAGAAUAUUGGGUUAAAAGGUGGUGGAAAUCCUGACCCAAAUAAAGCAAAAAAUCCUGGGUCAAAAGAUGUUGGAAGUCCUGAGGCAAAAGGUUGUAAAAAUCCCAGGCCAAAAGCUCUUAAAGCUCUAGAAAAUCCCAGACAUCCCUUGCCAGAAGAUUUUGAGGAUCCUAUCCCAGCGAGAUUUAAAACUCGCAGACGAAAAUUUGUUGGAAAACCCGCAAUAGGUUGGAUUCGUAACCCAACUAAAUUUAAAAUUACCCCACCAAAAGUCCUUGAAAAUCCCAGAGAACCCUCGCCAGAAGAUGAUAAAGUUGUCAGGCCAAAAGUUAUAGAUGUUGUUCAACAAGCUGUUGAACCGCCAAGCGAGAAGAAACGAGUUAAUCGCUCAUUGCUUAGAGAGCCCUUUGAUUCUGAAUAUCAACUUUUGUAUCAAGUGCUUGGGGAAGGGUGCGGUGGCAGAGUGUACAAAGGGAUCCGUAUAUCGGAUGACACUCCGGUUGCCAUCAAGCAAAUAAACAAACGAAAGUAUGAAAGCACUCUUCAGAUUCCUGGAUACCCCAAACCACUUAUAACAGAAGUGGCGCUGCUGCUUAAGUUAGGAGAAGCGCCCUCAUGCCCCAAUGUCAUACAGAUGUAUGACUGGUACGAGACUAAACACUUUUACACGCUCGUGUUGGAGUACCCACUGCACAGCGUAUCCUUGUGGGAUUUUGUUACAAAUCAUAGAGGACUAAGUAAAAAUACAGCAAGACAUCUCAUGCGUCAGGCGGUACUGGCAGUGCAACACUGUCUGGAUAAUGGAGUUUUCCACACCGACCUCCAUGCCAGGAACUUCCUGGUGCAGCAAUCAACAAUGAGCCUGAAGUUAAUUGACUUUGGGGCUGGACAUUAUCUGACGCAUGAGGCAUAUAAGACCUUCGACUUUGUAGGUGAGCUGAAUUUUUUUAAUAUAGCGGAGUAUUGA